UCACUAUUUUACGAACAUUUCAGACAUACACGGGAUGUAGCGAGAUUCCUGGUGACGAGGCCACAGCGGGCAGGUGUCCGACAGAGUGUCCCUACCUUUACCCCUACAUCAUCGUUGACCUGGCGUCCGGCCUGGCGGGGACUGUCUCCAUUGUUCCUAUUAUCAUGACCAUCAUCAAAACAGUGCAUCCAAGGGACAAAUCCAUGGCUGUCGGUAUAUCGUCAUUCAUAUAUAGUUGUGUCGGAUUCCUCCCAUCACCUAUUGUGUAUGGGAUGGUCAUUGACACCACGUGCACUCUCUGGGAAACAACGUGUGGCGAGGUCGGCGCAUGCGCACUGUAUGAUCUCCCUAAACUACGGUAUCGUGUGAAGGGGAUGGACACUGGACUUCAGUUGCUGUCGUCAGCUGCUUUCUUUGCUGCUUUCCUUUUACUAAAAUAUGGCGUCGUGAAGGAGUACCCUGAUUCAGACACAUCACAAACUCAGCCUAAAGCUGCAGGAGAGACUGAAGAACGUGGUGUUCAGGUGACAAAGUUUUAAAUGUUCAUUCCAGACGGAAACAAAACUGAGCUUGCCUUUUGGCGCUUAUUGAAUGAAUAUGUACAUAGGCCUAAAACAAACAAAUGGAUCAGAUACAAAGAUUCCAGUGUUCCUGUGUACUGUAUACACUUAACCCUCUUCCAGUGUAUAGGUUCACACUACACAUCACUCAUAAUUAGGAGGGGGUACGGGUGGCCCAGUCGUAUA